UCCCCCCUUUCACCGCGCGCUGGAGGCGUGGAGCUCGCGCUCCUGACACUCUCUCCCGCAGUAGCUCUUCUCCAGCGAGCCCUCGUGACAUCACCCAGACACCGCGGCUGGAGAAAACUGUUUUCGAGCGUGCGUGCGUGUGUGUGCGUGCGUGCGUGUGUGUGCGUGGAAGCGCGAUGUUUUAAUACCGCCGGACGUGUUCGAGCAGAUCUUUUAAUUGGAGCGUAUAAAGCGGAGCAAAUUCCGUGGGAAUAGUUUGUUUUGCAAACACCGGAGAGCACCGGGGCUGCCAAAAAGGCCCUUUGUGAAAGAACGCAACUUCUGCGUAGCCCGCCGCGCGUGUUCUCGACAUGGAGUAGCUCGGGAGCGCCGUUCCUCGACUCGGUCUCUCGCUUAUGGACGACUGUAGUCCCCUUUCUCCAAAGGCAAACGCUUUCAGUAUCGCCUGUCUGAUUUCAGCGAGGGAUCAAGCGGGAAACGCGGCGCUUGACAAACACGCCACUAGCCCGGACAAGCCAGCGGCGCAAAACUGCUCCAGAUCCAUUAAAAUGCAUUACAGCACGGUCACGCGGGAAAUGGAAGCAAUAUCAAGCCCGUGGCUGACGCAGCUGUCCCAUUUUUGCGAUGUUGCAGCCUUCACGACCAGCAGCCUGAGCAGUCUCAAUACGCCUGGGAGUUACCAUCUCUCUCCUUCUCCCGGGGAUCCGUACGGCCACCAUGAAAGCCAGUUUGAGCCGUGCCCCGCCGCCCAGCACGGCUACAGCUAUACCGGAUCCAACCCGGCGCAGGCCCCGGCGCAGGCGGACACCGGAGCGUCCAGCUGCUCCUCGUCGUCGUCCGGCUCGACGCCGAACAAAACGCUGGUGAAAAAGAACCCUAAAGUGGCCAAUAUUAACGUGCAGUUGGAAAUGAAGGCGCUCUGGGACGAAUUUAAUCAACUCGGGACCGAAAUGAUCGUCACGAAAGCCGGGAGACGAAUGUUUCCUACGUUUCAAGUCAAAAUAUUUGGAAUGGACCCAAUGGCAGAUUACAUGCUCCUGAUGGAUUUCCUACCGGUGGAUGAUAAACGAUACAGGUAUGCCUUCCACAGCUCAUCGUGGCUGGUGGCCGGGAAAGCGGAUCCUGCGACCCCGGGGAGAGUGCACUAUCACCCGGACUCGCCUGCCAAAGGAGCGCAGUGGAUGAAACAGAUCGUGUCCUUCGAUAAACUGAAACUCACCAACAAUCUGCUGGACGACAACGGGCACAUCAUACUGAACUCGAUGCACAGAUACCAGCCCAGGUUCCACGUGGUCUACGUGGAUCCCAGGAAAGACAGCGAGAAGUACGCCGAAGAAAAUUACAAGACGUUUGUUUUCGAGGAGACCAGGUUCACCGCCGUCACAGCCUAUCAGAACCACAGAAUAACGCAGCUGAAGAUCGCCAGCAAUCCGUUCGCCAAGGGCUUCAGAGACUGCGACCCGGAGGACUGGCCCAGGAACCACAGGCCGGGCUCUCUGCAAAUCAUGAGCGCGUUUGCUCGAACCAGGAACCCCAUGUCCUCUCCCCCUCAGCAGAACGGCACAGAGAAAGAGGACAGCCGGAGAGAGUACGAGCGGGACCCCAGCGGCACCCCCCUGCACACGGACCCCGCUCACCAGCUGAUGUCCCGGGUCCUGAGCCCGGCCCUUCCGGUGCUGGGCGGCCUGCACACGGUGCCCCUGACCGCCGGCCCCCGGAGCCCGCCCCACGAGCUCCGCCUGGAAGGACACCCCCAAGCCCCGGACACCCUGCACCAUCACCCCUACAAAUACCCGAGCACCUACGAACACUACCUGGGAGCCAAAACCAGGCCGUCCCCGUAUCCCUCCCCGAGCAUCCGGAGCCACGGCUACCAUCCUCACAUGAACCCGGCAACGGCCAACAUGUACUCGGCGACGAGCGCGCCGGCCAAUUACGACUACGCUCCCAGAUAAUGACUCCCAUCGGCGCUCCGGAUCGGAUUCAGACUGAGAAAUUAAACACACACACACACACACACACGCAUGCCUCGAGUCCCAGACUCGGCGAACACGCCGGAAGCGGCGCCGGAAAGAGAAGCGCUCGUAUUUAUUGGCACAGGAGCAUCGGGACGAGGCCCCGGGGUCCGCUCUGGACGGCAGGGCUCCUGGAAACUGCAGUAUAACUAGUGUUCGGAGCGACUUCUUUAGACAAAUAAUGCAUUAUCACGGACUGGAAUUGAACUUUUGUGUUGGAUGCACUUUUUGUUUUCUCGCUUUUAAAAAGCCAUAAGUUAUAUAUCACCCUUGAGCCAUUGAGCUUCUAGAUAGAUGGAGUAUUUGCAUGUCGCGCUGUUUUGAAGGUGCCCAAAAGCCCUGAAUAUUUUUUAUUUUAUUUGUUUUGUUUCCUGGUUGAGAAUGAUUUGAGUUUUUUUUUUUUUUUAAACGCUAGACCACCUUUAGCAGGUCCGUGAAGCUUGUAACGUGGCACUGACGUACAGCAAUUCAAAUAAAGAAAGGAACGGGAUGCCUGCGCUGAACUUGUAAAAUAAACAUGAAAUAUUUUACCUUUAAACGCCGUUCUUCUCCAGAGCUCUUUCCCUCGCUUGGGAGGAAACGCAGCUUUCAUUCUCCCCGAGUGGAAAUACGUUUUUGAUUCGCAAAGAAACGAUUGAUGCGUUUAGUGGUAUCGGCCUGGGCCUGUUUCGACCCGGAAAAUAAAUGGUUGAGUACCACUAAACCAUACACUUAAUGUAGGUUUACUGAGUCCAUGCAAGUGACACACUGAAGGAGGCAAAAUUAGAAGAGUUUAAAGAGGAUUAAUGAUGCAAUGUUACGAAACGAAAGGCAUGCACGCGAGAAGAUUCUCAGAAGUGAUGUCAUUUCCGUCUAGCGCGCUUUAGAGGAAAGAACCGCGUGCACACGUUUGACCUCUGACAGCUAACGACUUUCUGGAGCAUCAAAGGUUAAACAACGUUUCCAGCCAUUUGAGCGACGACUAAUUGCUCGUAUCAUUUUUUGUUUGCGGCAACAGCUCGAAGCAAAGCACGAGAAGCAAAAAAAAAAAAACAGCCGCUUUUACGCAUUUCACGCACGCUAAAGAAAUCGCCAGGAUCAUUUUUUUUAACGCGUUUCCAUACUGGCUCAAUUAUAGCCUACUAUUUAAAUUGCGAUGCAUUUUAAAUAGUGCAAAUAUACAGGCUGAAUAAUGCUACGGUUCCUUUUUUUUUAACGAACAAAUGCAAACGUAAAUAUAAUCUUUAAAAAAUAUUUAUGUAUAUUUAGACAGCAUACUAGUAGCUUUUAAACAUGGGCCGCUUAUAUUUCUAUUCUGGCUGAUUAUAUAUAACCUAGCCUACUAUUUAAAUUAUAAUAUACGCAUUAUAACUAUUAAAAAAACCCAAAGAUGUCCUGAUACUCUUUUUUUUAAACGUCAAGUCAGCGUUAUUUGCAGCUUUUUACCAUGCAAAACGUGUCAGAGCAGCUUUACAGCAUUAGGAAAACGAAUAUAUCAUAUAGUAUAUAAUUAAUACACAAUAUGAUUAGGCUGCUUACUAGAUGCAUUUCAACUCAAAUAGCCUUUUUAGAAUACCGCCUGCUAUCUAAACGCUGGUAGUAUAGCUAGUUGUUUAAAUAUAGCUUGUGCAUAUAUAUAUAUAUAUAAUUUGCAAUGAAAUCUUUUAACAAUCCGUCCAUUGUCAAGUGAAGCGCUUUGGUGCGUCAGGGUCCGGAAGAGCGCGUCUGGAGGAUUGGGCCUCCCUUCGCGUGAGCCUGUUUCCCGGCUACAGCUAAUGAGUUUGGCCCGUCAGGAAGGCCGGGACACCCGGGCCCAUGGCUCUUCCGUCAGGGGUCUACCCAUCUGUGUUUUCUCUGGUAGCGCUUCUCCUUGAUGAGAGGGGCCGCCUGCGUACCUGCGUCCCUGAACGAUGACGGACGGCUGCUUCCAACAAUGAGAGCGUCUAAAAAUGCGCAUUAUUUAUGGGCCGAAUGCACAGAAAACGGUAUCCGCCUUUGAAGUCGAACUUGAUGCGUGAGAAGUGCAGCACGAAAACACAGUUUGAUCUCAGAGGAAAUACCUGCGCUUCGAAAGCGCGCGCGCGCACACACGCACGCACGCGCACGCACACACACGCACACACACACACGAGUAACGCGCAAAACAUUCAUUUGGCAUUACAAUGUCACAAAGCCAAAGCGUGCUAUUAAAAUAAUAAUAAACUAAAUACUUAGAUCCGAAUAUAAUUCGUUUUAAACAGAAACGUGUUAACGAUUUGCACCAGUAAAUAAUUAAAAGCAAUAAAAAUAGGCCUAGUAUGAAAAAAAUGUCCAUUUUAUUAUUACAUUUCCAUUGGUAUUUUUAAAGCCCGACAACAGUGUUUCCAUGCAAAGUCAGAUUAAAUGUAGAGAAUUAUCCAUUAAAUCUACAGUGAAUUUUUUUUUGAUUGUUACAUAAGUUAUGAACAAAUUAAAAAUAUAAAAAUAUUUUUUAAUUAUUUAAAAAUAUAAAAUGCCUAAAAAUCCACUUCUUUUCUAGCACAGUGACUGCAUUUAAAAUAAAACAGGCUUCUAAUGAACAACAAGAAGGAAUAAUAAAUUGGAUUUAAAAAAAAAAAAAAAAAUUGGAUGCAUCAGUAAAAAAACCCAACAUUUUAAGUUAAACUCAUUUGUAUAUAUAUAUAUAUAUAUAUACCCGCUGAAAGCCACACAUAGACAUUUCUACAUUUCUAAUAAAGCAAAGGCUCAGUAAAGCAACACUGCAUGAAAAAAAAAAAAAAAAAAAGACAUAGGGUCACAUCUGGAACAUCUGUUGUGACAAGCCUAUCUUUUGUGUACCUUUCUCUCGCUCGGCAAGUCCAAAGCCAGAAAAAAAAAAAAAAAAAGGUGGACCAACCAUGUGAAGACGUUUACCCCCAGUUUCACAUUCUCCCGCGUUUCCAGCGGCGCGUACGAAAACAAAUCACCGGCGCGCUUAUCUCGGACAACAGAAACGGUUUCAUUCCGAGCGAGCUUGCCAACAUGUAAAUAAUUUACUGCAACACGGCCGGCGUUGGGUUUCUCUCAUUCAGAGGCCCAUUUCCUCAGACCGUGAUUACCUGCGAUUAUUGCUAGUUUCCAAAACCUAACAUCCAUUCAUCCGGCCUUACCCAGAGGAUCCAGAAACACACGGCACGCGGGAUCCGUGAGCUGGCCGGGUGACCUCUGACCUCCGGCGCAACAGACAGGCGCGCGUCUGCCGUUCGGAAAGCCGCAGGUUUUCGUCAGCGGCCCGCGUCGAGGUUCUGCUUAUACCGACCGCUUAAGUGAUCUAUUAUUGACUUGGGAGGUAUUAGCCGAAGUCUUCAACCCGGCACGGCUUUGUUGUGCCCCCCUGUGGAGUCUAUAAAAGUAGGAAGCGAUUACCAAUCAGAGGUCACGGACAGAGGUACACGGCCGGGCGGACUGUGAAGUGAACUGUUUUGUCUUCCCCUCUCCGGCCGGCGACUCGCCCGCUGAUGUUUUUCCUUUAAAAGGAUGGCCUCUAAGUUCCCCGAGCUUCCUGUACCGUCUGAUGAGAUAUUCCAGUCUGGGUCGGUCCCCGGGGACGCGUGCUUUAUGGGGCAGAGCGGCUGUGGGCCGUUUGAAGUUGCAUGAAAUCCCAUUUAGCUUAGUACCGAGGACGGCUAUUAUUACCGCGGACGCUGACAAAAAGAUCCACUUUCGAACUCGACUAAUAUACGUGUCUGUUUUCGAUAAUCGGGUCGAGUUACUGCAAAAUAAAACAUCGUUUGAAAAACAACAGGUUUGGUUCGAAUCAAACGGUUUAGUUUAUUAAAGUAGGGUUGCACUUUAUUUUGAUAGUCCAGUUUAGACAGUCUGCUAACUAUAACUAUGUAACUACAUGUCAACUAAUACUCAUUAAUUUGAACUACAUGUCUACUAACUCUCUUAUGUUUGGUUUAGGGUUAGUAGAAUAAAUCGACAUAUACUUUCAAGUUUCUGAUAGUCAGUGUGCAGUGGACUCAUCGAAAUAAAGAUAUUAGUCUACUAAUACGCUGAUGAGCGCUAGGUGACACGUAGUUGCUUAUCGUUAGUGAGUGAGUUAUCAAUAUAAAGCGUUACCGGACACUUUUCAACAGCAAGGCAUUUAUUAGGGAAUAAAAAAAAAACUCUGGUCAUGGCUUAACGUAAGACUCACCAAAAGAAUCAGUUCGUUAAAGUCGAGAGUCAAACUAAACCGAUCGCCGUGUAUUGUUUUGUGAACCAAAAAGCAUUGGUAAAGUCACGGAACUGGUUCGUUGCUGCAACUCCAAUCUGGAAACGGUGUUAACGAUGCAAGAAGCACAAAUAAAAAAAGAAAAAGCGCUCUGGCGAGCGAGCCACGUUGUGCAAUAAACGCCAAAGUAACUAGUUCGUCUUUCGGGCCACAUCCGAACGCAGAGGUCGGCCUUGUCUUUAGGCUGAAAAUAGAGCUGCCUUCAUCAGCUCGUGCGCUUGAAGGGAGGAACGAAACCAAUCCCGCUCAAUGAAUCUUUCUAACAAACAGGGCUGUCCGCGGAGCCGAGCCCCCGUGAUUAACCCCGCGUGAUGUAUGCAGGUCAGUCCAGAGGGCAAUCUCAAACUCGGAGGCAGAUUUGGGAAAACAGCGGCGGAUUGCUUUGCCACUCAGGUGCGACUUUAAGAGCAAAUACACACCUACUGAAGCACAUCAGCCUGGGGUAAAGCAAACAGAUCGCAGGGGACGGUUUAAGACGAUAAAACACCUUCAGCUAACGACCGGCCUUGUGGAAAACCGCAACCAAACACGGCGAUGGAGAGCGUUUAAAUUAGCUGCCGUUCCGAUCGAUUUUGAAGCAUUUGACCAAUAAGAACGGCGACGGCUUUCUAAACGAGGCCGAGUUACAGCCAAUCACUUAGCAGCUUCCGUGAAAAAAGUCAGCGAUUGGCGACAAUCGGUUUUAAGGAUCUCGCAAACUAAUGUAAGGAAAAAAAAUGCACGGUGCAUUCAUUUUAACAGAAACUAAAGCGAUUCGAAUCUUCCAUUCUGACAUAAAACAAUGCAACCUGCUAGAUAUAAAUUAAACUGAUUAUUGAUUUCUGUCCUUACUUGACAACCUUUUACGCAAAUACAAGACUUCAUUAUAUCGAAAACGUAUUCUAUAUUCUCGGCCACUAAUUUAAGUGCUUUCAUGCAAAAAACAUAUUAGCACCAAGAUCAAGAACGUAAAUAAAGUCGGUAAUCUGCAACUAUCAGUUUGUAAGAAAUGGUAAAGCGGUCUUUAAAACUCAGCUUUGGCUAUAUAUAUAUAUAUAUAUAUAUAUAUAUAUAUAUAUAAACU